UAGCUCAAUCUUUUUGGACCAGCCUCCAUCCUACUGCGAGUGUGUCUAUGCAUGCAUGUGUGUUUGAAUGCCAGAGAGAGAGACAGAGAGACCAGUACUAAGGAGAAGGCAUGAGAGUCAAGAGCAUGCAGUUAUACAGGAGCCACAACGGAGACUGAGACAUCGGCUCUGACAAGCCUGUAACAAAGACCAGCAGGAGAAACAAACGACGUGGGGACGCAUAGACUGUCUUCACACAGCUACAGGUGCACCWGUGACACAGUCAGCCUGGUUGUAGAGGAGCAGAAGAAGAGAAGAGGAACCACUAGCCAUGGGGCCCAGAGCUUGGUGCCUGUUUGUCCUGCUUGGGCUGUCCGUCUGGGGCAGCAGUGAGGGCCUCAGAUCCCCCAUCCUGACCCGGAGACGGAGGUACCUGGAGGACAAAGGAGAACCACCCAAAAAGUGCUCGUAUACCUUCCUGGUCCCUGAGCAGAAGAUCACAGGGCCAAUCUGCACCAGCCGGGGCCUACACACGGACAAGGACCGCGUGACCCGCGUGGACRUAGCAGCGGUGAGGGACCUGCUCUCCAAACAGAGACGGGAGAUGGAUACCCUGAAGCUGGUGGUGAACAUUGAUGGGAACAUGGUGAACGAGAUGAAGUUGCUGAGGAAGGAGAGCAGGAACAUGAACUCCAGGGUGACCCAGCUCUACAUGCAGCUGCUGCACGAGAUCAUCAGAAAGAGAGACAACUCUCUGGAGCUGGCUCAGCUGGAGGGACGCAUUCUGAACGCCACAGCAGAGUCCCUACGUCUGGCCGCCCGCUACCGUGACCUAGAGGUCCGAUACGCUGCGCUCUCYGCCGUGGUCAACAGUCAGUCAGUUCUGGUUGGUGCCCUGGAAGAGCGCUGUCUGCAGGUGUACGGCCGGCGGCAGGAGCAGUCUCCUCAGGGCCCACCACUGGUGCAGGUGGUGCCAGAGAACAUACCGGUUAACAUCCCGAGAUUUACCAACGAGAUCCAGAGGGACCACGGCCGGGCAUUUCCCAGAGACAGGGGCUCCCAAGCAGGGCCAGCACCCACAGGAAGCACCCUGGAGCUCCAGAAGGCUCCGCAGGGCAACUUCAGUGCAGAGGGUCCUUUCAGGGACUGUCUCCAGGCCCAGGAGGCUGGCCAUGGCACCAGCGGUAUGUACCUGCUGAAACCUGGCGAAGCGGAGAGGCCCAUGCAGGYGUGGUGUGAGCAGGACCUGGACAACGGAGGCUGGACCGUCAUCCAGAGCAGGAGGGAUGGCUCUGUCAACUUCUUCAGGAACUGGGACGCUUACAAGAAUGGAUUCGGCAACAUAGAUGGGGAGUACUGGCUGGGGCUGCUGGGGAUCUACAAUUUAGGGAAGCAGGGAGACUACAGACUUCUAGUGGAGCUGGAGGACUGGGUGGGGAAGAAGGUGUAUGCUGAUUACAGCAGCUUCCACCUGGAGCAUGAGAACGAGGGCUACCGCCUGAGGCUGGGCACCUACCAGGGAAACGCUGGCGACUCACUCAGCAGCCACAACGGCAAGCAGUUCACCACACUGGACCGAGACAAGGAUGCCUUCUCAGGUAACUGUGCACACUUCCUUAAGGGAGGCUGGUGGUACAACUCCUGUGGCCAGGCCAAUCUGAAUGGUGUUUGGUACAACGGCGGGGUCUACCGCAGCAAGUUCCAGGACGGAAUUUUCUGGGCAGACUACGGCGGAGGAUUCUACUCUAUGAAGGGAGUCCGCAUGAUGAUUAGACCUAUAGACUGAGACUACAGAGGGAGAGACAUGACCAUCCUAUCCCUCAACCAAC